AGCUGCCAGAGGACCAGCCGUCCGCCCCCCCCCAUCUGUUCAUGAUGUUUGCUGCUCUUUUUCUAGACCCAGUUAGGUCAAAAUCACUCCCGCUCAUCUCCUCCCUGAAAUAUAGUAUUUUCCCUUUUUCCUGGCUUGCCCUCUCCUCCACCAUGUUUGGGCCAAAUGAGGGCACAUCAGUUGAGGUACUUCAACAUACUUCCCAUCUCCAGGUUUUGAAGGACAGCUGCUUUUGGGAUUAAGGCUUUUUUUGGGGGGGGGGAGUAAAGGCAGUGGCUGUGAUGGAACUGGAGGCUUUCAUGGUAGCACCUUCCUAGUAUCAGAGGUUCAAGGUUAUUCCUGCUGCUAAUUGAAAAGUUGUGUAAUGCCUCUGGGUUUCAGUUGAGCAUCUUGCCCUCUCAGGUGUCUUUGUUUCUCUAAAAGAGGGCGGUAUGAUGAAGCUGUCUUUCCUCUUUCUAAUUCCUCAGAAAAGUCACCCAUGAUGAACAGGGUGGGGAAGAAGAUUGAUAUAUGCCCUGGCCUUUGUGUAUGUGAGCAUGCUAGUGGUGCUUCCAGGAACACAGCGCACUGAAGUCUUCUGUGCUUAAAAUGCACAUGGUGAUUCAUGGCAGGGGACGUGGAAGGAUUUAGUUCCUCCAUCCAUGACACCAGCGUCUCUGCUGGGUUCAGAACACUGUAUGAGGAGGGAUUGCUUCUUGACGUCACUCUUGUUAUUGAGGACCACCAGUUUCAGGCUCAUAAGGCAUUGCUUGCCACCCAAAGUGAUUAUUUCAGGAUUAUGUUCACUGCUGAUAUGAGGGAGCGAGAUCAGGAAAAAAUCCACUUGAAAGGCCUAACUGCAACAGGCUUCAGCCAUGUUCUCCAAUUCAUGUACUAUGGAACCAUUGAUCUGAGUAUGAGCACUGUUCAUGAAAUCCUGCAAGCUGCCAUGUACGUCCAGCUUAUUGAGGUGGUGAAGUUCUGCUGCUCCUUUCUAUUAGCAAAAAUAUGCUUGGAAAACUGUGCAGAAAUUAUGAGACUUUUAGAUGACUUUGGUGUAAACAUCGAGGGCGUCAGAGAAAAGCUGGAUUCCUUUUUGUUAGAAAACUUUGUGCCUCUCAUGGCCAGACCUGACUUCUUGUCCUAUCUGAGCUUUGAAAAGCUUAUGACUUACUUGGAUAAUGAUCGUCUGAGCAGAUUCCCAGAGAUAGAGCUCUACGAGGCUGUUCAGGCUUGGCUGCGGCAUGAUAGAAGACGCUGGAGGCAUACCGACACCAUCAUUCAGAACAUCAGGUUUUGUUUGAUGACACCAUCCAGUGUUUUUGAAAAGGUGAAAACAUCGGAAUUUUAUCGCUAUUCCCGGCAGUUGCGGCAUGAGGUGGAGCAAGCUAUGAAUUACUUCCAUAGUGUGCACCAGCAGCCUUUGAUGGAAAUGAAAUCAAAUCGCAUUCGUUCUGCCAAACCCCAGACUGCAGUGUUUAGAGGAAUGAUAGGACACAGCAUGGUAAAUAGUAAAAUCCUCCUCCUGCACAAACCAAGGGUCUGGUGGGAGUUGGAAGGUCCACAAGUACCGUUACGACCAGACUGCCUUGCUAUUGUUAAUAAUUUUGUAUUCUUAUUGGGCGGGGAAGAGUUGGGGCCAGAUGGUGAGUUUCAUGCUUCCUCCAAAGUGUUCAGAUACGAUCCAAGACAAAAUUCUUGGUUACGAAUGGCAGACAUGUCUGUACCACGCUCAGAAUUUGCUGUUGGUGUUAUUGGAAGGUAUAUCUAUGCAGUGGCCGGAAGGACAAGAGAUGAGACAUUUUAUUCAACGGAGCGAUAUGAUAUCACAGAAGAUAAGUGGGAAUUUGUGGAUCCCUAUCCAGUCAAUAAAUAUGGACAUGAAGGAACUGUUCUUGGUAACAAACUGUACAUCACAGGUGGAAUCACAUCCUCGUCCACAUCUAAGCAGGUGUGUGUAUUUGAUCCCAGUAAAGAAGGGACUGUGGAGCAGCGAACAAGGAGGACUCAAGUGGUCACUAAUUGUUGGGAAAACAAAUGCAAAAUGAAUUAUGCAAGAUGCUUUCACAAGAUGCUUUCUUAUAAUGGCAAGCUUUAUGUUUUUGGAGGCGUCUGUGUAAUCCUGAGGGCCUCUUUUGAGUCUCAAGGUUGCCCUUCCACAGAGGUUUAUGACCCAGACACUGAUCAGUGGACUAUUUUGGCUUCUAUGCCAAUUGGUAGAAGUGGUCAUGGUGUAGCUGUGUUGGAAAAACAGAUAAUGGUUCUUGGGGGCCUAUGUUAUAAUGGUCACUACAGUGAUUCAAUUCUCACUUUUGAUCCUGAAGAUAAUAAAUGGAAAGAAGACGAAUACCCAAGAAUGCCCUGCAAGCUAGAUGGCUUACAAGUUUGUAGCCUACACUUUCCUGAAUAUGUGCUGGAACAUGUUAGACGUUGCAGCUAAAAUUUAAAAAAAAUACAAAACUAUUUAUGAUUUGGUGGGAUGGAGGGCUGGGGGAAGGGAAAGCAGAUUUAAGCCCACUGAAAACAGUGUCUUGUGUAAUAUGCCACUUAAAUUAAUAAAGAGAAAAAAAGAAGUGUACAGGGAAUGCAUCUACCAAGUUUAUUAGGAAUGCUAAUACCUGUGGUUUCAUACUGAUUUUAUUUUUUACAUGCUAUUACUGUGUUUUGAGAGGGGAAAUUGUUCUUCCAUUUCAUGUCUUUUAACCCCAUAUACUAUGUCCAUUCUGUAUGAGUGAAGACAACACAUGCUUCAGGACGCACUAGAAUACACUCUGUUUACAAGGUGGGUCAAAAGCAUAUAUGUAUUGUGCAUUUUUAUUUUUAAAACUGUCAGGAUAAAAUUCAGCAGCCUUACUAGAACAGAGCCUGACUUCCAAUGUAGCAGUGAAAGGGGCCUUUCAAUUUGUUCCUGUGAUUACUUGUUGUUUCAAUGUUAUUUUUAUUUCCAUUUAUGACUCCUCCCAAUCAGGUUUGACACUCCUCAUUUUGAUAUCAGUGACAAUUUAAAAUGGUUUUCUAUUUAUUUUUCUAUUUCUAUUCAAUUUAUUUUAAUGUACAGUAGUUCCAGUAAGUCUGCUGAAAAAAUAGGUUUUUGAAAAAGAACACUGAAGAUUUUCUACUAAAAUAAAUUCUAGGCUGCAUUUGUCUGCGUUGUGGUUUGUGAAUAAAAUAUAUCUAUAUAUAUACAUACAUGCAUACACUGUAAGAUCAAAAUGAAAUGCAUAUUUUUAUGUGCAGCUGGAAGAGUCUUAUUUUUAACUAGUGGACAGAUAUGAGCUAUAUCUGUUUAAUUUUAGCUCUUAAUGGCACCCUUUCAUGUAUUUAAAUUUGUUGGGUAACUGGAGGCCUCGUUCUUAUCAAUGUAAACUUAUAUUUGGUAUAUACUGAUUGAUUCAGUAACACUUGAACUCCUUUAUAACCAGGUGAUAAAAAUGUCAAGGCUACCAUUUUUGUUGUUUAUAAAGUCAGAUCCCAACCCAUAGUCUUCAGUACUUGAUUCUAGAAAUACAAAUAAGAAAUGUUUAUAACAAUCACUGCCUCUGCUGUUCUUGAUGGAUGGUAGAGCUUUUUAGGUGGUUUGUCGCAGAAGCAUUGCAGCUGUACAGUUCUUUGCACUGAUUGAGCUGCUGUGCUCAAAAGAUGCAGAGUUAGGCAAACUUCUAUUUUUUAAGCAAAUUUAGAAAAUAACCACUGGCUCCACAGUAUACUUGUAUGGAGGUCUGAGGAUGUUGAGCAAUUGUAUCUUGUUGAGGUCACUUUCUUAACUAUUAGACACCUAUCUGCAUAUAAGUGAUGAUAUCACUGAAAAUAAAUCUGAACAGAGUUCUGAGCUGAAAUACUCAAGUUCCAGUAGCUGCCUGUGGAAUAUGGAGGUGAGCCAAUCUUGCCUGGGCAAUGUAAGGCUCACUGAUGCUUGGCAAACUGCUUCGGAAGAAAUGCAAGUGCAACUGUUUGUGUAAAACAUGGAAGCAUUAACUGUACCAUUUUGUUCCAAUACAGUGGUGCCUCACUUAACGAAUGCCCUGCUUAACGAAAUUUCCGCUUAACGAAAGGAUUUUUCGAGCGGAGGUUGCCUCGCUAGACGAAUUCGUUUUACGAAAUAUUUGUCUAGCGAAUCGCGGUUUCCCAUAGGAAUGCAUUGAAAUUCAAUUAAUGCGUUCCUAUGGGGGAAAAAAUUAAAAAAAAAUUCAAUGCAUUCCUAUGGGAUUCGCUAGACGAUUUUGUUGUUAUAAGAAAAGACCCGUGGAAUGAAUUAAAUUCGUCUAGCGAGGCACCACUGUAUCAUGAACUGGAAAUCACUGUAGAACAUGUGCAUUUUGUAUUCUGGGAGUUGAAGCUUAUGCAUGCUAGAAACCUCCACAACGGACACAUUUGACUGACUGUGCCUUGUUUCAGCUCCUGGAUUACACAGGCCCCAAAGUAGUAUUAAUAUUCUGCAUCAAACAUGUAAACGUCUACCCAAAAAUGUUUUUAAAAAUUUCUUUUUUCGUGACACAUGGAUCAAGAUCUAAGCUGCACAAUCUCACAUGAUGUGUCUCCCUGUGCAUACAAAACAAGCACGUAUGGGAAGAAGUUAUAACCCAACCCUUCUCUCCUACCCCGCCCCGCCCCCCCCCCCAUAUAAGCCAUGGCCUCACAUGUAUUCUUCGCCUAUCACCUUUAGCAUGACCAGUGAAAUCAAAAGCUUUCACUUCUGGUUUUAAAUGAACCCAAGUUCCUCAUUGAACUUGGGGAAAAUUUGGUUUGCUUGAUCUAUGGUUUGUUCAGUGAAGUCAAGAUCAACCCAUGUUUAUGAUCCUUUAAAAAAAACAAAAAAUCCAGUGUUCCUGGAACAGAGAACUAAUAC